CACUAGACUGUCAAAGCUUUAAGUCAAUUUCACGUUGUACACAUGAUAUCGGAAACCACCGACUUAUUUUGAAACCUCCAUUGAUAUCCAAUAAAAAUUUAGAACAGUAGCUUGUAUAAUACAAGGAGCUGUUGCUAGCUAGGUAAUGCCAUCGCUUGACAUGGAGAGAGUUCCGGAAAAUGGAUCAGAUUGUGAAACAGCGGAACAAAGUGAGGAAGAAUCACAACCUAAAAAAGUUCUAAAUAAGAAAAAGCCUAAGAAACGCGGAAUUAUUUACCUAUCUACCAUUCCACCUUAUAUGAAUGUUGCAAAAAUUAGAGAAAUAUUUAGUCAAUUCGGUGAUGUCGGAAGGAUAUAUUUACAAUCAAGUGCAAAACCAGGAGAGAAAAGAAAACGCGUACCAAAUCUUUUCACAGAGGGUUGGGUAGAAUUUGAAAAGAAGAGAAUCGCUAAAAGUGUGGCUGCAAACUUAAAUAACACAAAAAUUGGAACGAGAAAGAGAUCGCGUUAUUAUGAUAUGAUAUGGAAUAUUAAAUAUAUUCCUAGGUUUAAAUGGAUCCAUCUAAGUGAAAGACUGGCCUAUGAGAGAGCAGCUAUGAAACAGAGACUCCGAGCUGAAAUAUCACAGGCUAAGAAAGAAGCUAAUUAUCUGCAGAAUAACAUUGAAAAAAGUAAAAAGAUAAAGAAGUUCAAAGCCAUGGAGAAAGAAAGCGCUUAAACACGAUUUCUGGAGUACAAAAGUUUUAUAAAUUAAAUCUAUUUUUAUCUAGAA